UGCUUUUCUGUGGGUGUGUCAAAUGCACUGAGGGCUUGAAGACUUCAAACUUGUUAGUCAGAACUUCCCAUCUGUUGCCUAGAAUGAUCUUGUGUUGAGUACACUCAAGGACCAAAGAGAAAGUGAAGAUGACCAGGAUCACCAUAUUUCGUCACUUUCUUACUUUUCUCCAAAUUAGUUUCAUUUUCGCCAUCACUGUUCUCACAUAUAACCAUUUCAUGAUGUCACAUGAAAGUCCUCACAGAGCAACCCAUUUCAGUAAAAAUCUGGACAUCAACAAGUCACAGUGCAAUUCCUGGGAAUCACACAAGAAAUGGAAGAGCCUGAACUUUACAAUAAAAAAAACAACAAAACUUUUCCUGUCACUGGAGGAUUUUUUCUGGAAGCAGCCCAUGUCCCAGCUACAUUUACCAUAUGGCCCUAGAGGAAGUGAGCUGAUGAUACUCAAGGUUCUUGCUGCAACUGCAAGUUAUGAGAUGCCAGCCCACAUUGAAAAUCUUGAAUGCAAAACAUGUGUGGUGGUAGGCAAUAGUUUUGCCAUCAAAAACACAUCCUUGGGGAACCUCAUUAACAAAUAUGAUGUAGUCAUGUGGUUAAAUGAUGCUCCAGUUAGGGGCUAUGAGCAGGAUGUAGGAAACAAGACCACCAUGAGGAUAUUUUACCCUGAAUCAGCCACCUCCAACCCUGCGUUGAACAAUGAGGAGGACACUCUGAUGGUCUUAGUGCCCUUUAAGCCAAACGAUCUGCGCUGGCUUAAAGAGAUACUCUAUGACGAGAAGAGGGACAGGAGAGGCUUUUGGAGGCCUCCUCCUCUAACCUGGGAGGUGAACAGCAGUAAUGUCAGAGUGUUGGACCCAUUCUUUAUGUAUGAGACUGGAAACCAGCUGGUUAAGAAUCAGAAGUCUUUUCGUCCAACCACCGGGUUCCUUGCUGUGUUUGUGGCUCUCAAUUACUGCGAUGUGGUCCACCUAGCUGGAUUUGGUUAUCCCUCAAAGAGUAACCCACAGCAACUCAUACAUUACUUUGGUCGAAAUACCAUGAACCAUAUGAAGAGCUCUCCACAUGACAUUGAUCGUGAAGGAAAAGUCUUAAAAAAGUUGGAGGAUUUAGGACGCCUUCAAGCUCUGGACACUGCACUGUCAGACACAGCAAGCCUUCUCUCCACAGCUCGCAUCGAUGUGCUGUCAUGGAGGAGUUCCUACCUGGGUGACUGUGACGCCAUCUCACUGGGGUAA